GGGUGAACUCCAGAUGUCAUGAGCGCUCUCGGGCUUCAGAGUCACCAGGUGAACCGCCCGCUGCAAGUCUGUUAUCCAGAGACCAGUGCAAAGAGAGGGUCUCCGUUCCACAAGCUUGUUCUGUAAACAGGCGUGUGGCGGCGUCAGAGCAGCGUUCCUUCACCCUCCCCUGAGUGUAAUCACCACUACCGCUCAUGAAAAUGCCGAAUCCGGACAGAGCUCGGCUGGAACGCCAGAUGGCGGGCUCUACAAACCGGUGGCGUUUUCCCACCAAGCCUUUCUCCGGAGACCUUCUGGGACUUUCCCAGAGGUGCAAGGCUUUGAACGUGCACUUUGAUAAGGCUCUGAAGAACCCAGACAGAUUUGAGAGGCGAGCCCACAUUCUGAACCGCAGCACAAAACAAUAUCAUAAAGCUGACGUGAUUCUCGAGUGUCUGGGCUCCAGAUGGGAACUCCAUCAGCCCCAGCUUUUCCAGUCCGGGACCUUGAGCAAGCUCUACCUGAUGGCACUGGCCCAGGGCACCGAGAACCCCACAAAGGAACUGGAGAAUCUUCUGCGAGCUCAGCUGCCUGGGAAGAUCAAGAAAAGAGCCCCCGUAAAGAAGAUGUUCAUUUCCUUGAAGAUCAAUGACCCUGUGGUCACUAAAGUUGCCUUCUCCACGGCCCUGAAGAACCUCUACCUGAGUGAGGCGGAGAUCCACACAGACGACAUGCUGGGCGUGCUGGCUUCCGCCCACGUCCUCCAGUUCAGCCGCUUGUUUGAGAGGUGUGUGGCCAUCAUCACAAAGGGACUCACGCCAAGCACCAUCAAGAGCUUUUACCUGGCCGGCUGCAAGUACAAGGAAGAGCAGCUCACCACUGCCUGUGAGAAGUGGCUGGAAAUGAACUUGGUCCCUCUGGUAGGGACACAGAUCCACCUCCGGAAAAUCCCACAGGACCUGCUCCACAGAGUGCUGCAGUCCCCCAGGUUGUUCACUUUCAAUGAGUUUCAUCUUCUGAAAACGCUACUUUUGUGGGUCUUCUUGCAACUGAACCCCACAGUUCAGACGGUUCCUAUGGAGGAAACGGUGCUGGCAUUCUUUACCAGAGUCUCCAGGAACGCUUCCUUUCUGGAUCAGGUUACGGGGCAGAGCUUGGUGCCACUCUUCCUUUCCCUGCGCCUACACGGCAUCGUCAAAAGCAAAAAUCUGAAGAAGUUAAGGCACAUUAACUUCUUCCCGGAGUCCUGGCUGAUCCGGGUUACAGCCAACCAUUACCACGCACUGGAGAGUGGGGGUGACAUGGCCCACGUGAAAGAUCUUACCACCCAGGCUGUGAGAUUCGGGCUACUGUUUAGCCAGGAGUAUACGACUCAUUCAGAAAUGAUUGCCAUAUAUGGAUUCUUCUUUGAGAUCAAGGGAAUCAAACAUGACACUACCUCUUACAGCUUCUACAUGCAGAGAGUGAGACACAGUGACUUGGAGUUCCCGUCCUCGGUCUGGGAGCACGGCCCUGUCAACUUGCGGGCAGAACGCCUGGUGAAGUACGAGAUCGGAGCCCAGACCCUGGUGGAUGGCAAGUGGCAGGAGUUCAGGACAAACCAGAUCACCCAGAAGUUUGGGUUCUCCAAGCCGUCCUGCAAAAGCCACGCCUUGAAAAUCGACACUGUGGGCAUUCCAAUCUAUGCAAGUUUUUCAUUCAUCUUCCCAAUGUCUUGAUAGUUUCCAGAAGAACCUGUGGGAUUUUUCUUUCUUUCGCUGGUGUCUGCGUAAAAGAAAAUAAAAUGGCGUGAAAGAGA